CGCCGCCGCUCCCGUCCCGGCCCGAGCCGUCCCGCAGCCCCCGGCCCCGCCGCACCCCUUCGGCCGCUCCGUCCCGCCCGGCUCCGAGCCCCCAGACGUGAAAUGAUGAAGUCAAGAAGCUUUUGGUUAUCUCUCGUAUUGCUUGGGGUUUUCCCGUCAGUCACAAGGGGAUGGAUGGACGCGGCCGGCAGCAGAAGGCUGUUUUCGGAUGCGGGGAGGUUGCACCAAGAGGAAUCCAGAAGGUUUGAAGUCACAAGAAGAAAAGUGCUUUACGGUGAGGAUGGCCUGCAUGCGUCAUGCGAGAAGAAGUACUGCGGCCGGGGGAGCAAGUGCGUUGUGAACAAGGACACCAAUCAGCCCGAGUGCAGGUGCGUGGAGGACUGCAAGUCCAGCUACAUGCCCGUGUGUGGAUCUGAUGGCAAGUUUUAUGAAAAUCACUGUCAACUGCAUCGAGCCUCGUGUCUGCAGAGGAAGAAAAUCUACAUUAUCCACAGCAAGGACUGUUUCUUCAAAGGUGACACGUGUACAAUGGCGAGCUACAGCCGGCUCAAAAGCAUCCUCCUCGACCUGCAGGCUCGUCGCCGGAGCCCCCCGAGCAGCCUGGCCGCGGACAGAGCAGCCCAGAAGCGCUUCUUAGUUGAAAAUAUGUUCAAGCACUUGGAUGUAAACAGCGACGGGCAUCUCAGCAGCUCCGAGCUGGCUCAGCUAAUGGAGAAGGAGGAUCUGGACGAUGAUUUAUUGGAUUGUACGCUAGAAGACCUCCUCCGGUUUGAUGAUUAUAACAAUGACGGGCGCUUAACCCUGCAGGAGCUCUAUACAGCCUUCCAGGUGGUUCGGCUUAGCCUGCCGGAGGACCAGAAAAUCAGCAUUACCACCAUCACGGUUGGCCUGAGCACCAUUCUGACGUGUGGCAUCCGCGGGGCGCUGCGGCCCCCCAUCAUCUGGAAACGCAACGGCAUCAUCCUCAACUUCCUUGACUUAGAGGAUAUCAACGAUUUUGGAGAAGACGAUUCCCUCUACAUCACCAAGGUAACGACUAUUCACAUGGGCAAUUACACCUGUCAUGCCUACGGCUAUGAAGAGCUGUAUCAGACCCACAUCCUUCAGGUGAAUGUGCCGCCGGUGAUUCGCGUCUACCCUGAAACGCAGGCACAGGAGCCCGGCGUGUCGGCAAGCCUCAAAUGUCACGCCGAAGGCAUCCCUAAUCCCCGAAUUACCUGGCUAAAGAACGGUGUUGAUAUCAUGCCAAAAUUAUCCAAACAGCUAACGCUCCUAGCAAAUGGAAGCGAACUUCAUAUCAGUAGUGUUCGGUAUGAAGACACUGGCGCCUACACCUGCAUUGCUAAAAAUGAAGUGGGAGUGGAUGAGGACAUAUCUUCACUUUUCAUAGAAGAUUCAGCAAGAAAGACCCUUGCAAACAUACUGUGGCGAGAGGAAGGCCUGAGUGUUGGGAAUAUGUUCUAUGUCUUUUCUGAUGACGGGAUCACAGUCCUUCAGCCAAAUGAAUGUGAAAUCCGCAGGCACAUCAGGCCCGAAGAGAGGAUUUUCACGAGUUAUGAAGAGAUCUGUCCUAGAGUAGAAGGUGAAGGCACUCAAUCCUGCCUCUGGGCAUCAGCGGUCAACGUCAGAGACAAGUAUAUUUAUGUGACACAGCCUAAGCAGCACAGAGUAAUGAUAAUUGAUAUCCAGACUCAGAAAGCCAUACAGUCCUUGGAUGUUGACCCGUUACCAACCAAGUUGCAUUAUGACAAAUCCCACGACCAAGUGUGGGUGCUUAGCUGGGGUGACAUGCGGAAAUCCUCGCCAACACUGCAGGUAAUACCAGAGGCGAGUGCAGGGGAGUAUCAGCAUGUUAUCCGCACGCCGUUUGAAGGAGUGGAUGAUUUUUUUAUACCACCUACAAAUCUUAUUAUUAAUCACGUUAGAUUCGGCUUCAUCUUUAACAAAUCGAAAUCCGCAGUGCACAAAAUUGACCUGGAAACCGUGACCCACGUCAAGACCAUCAGCUUCAGGAACUACAGCUGCGUGCCGCAGACCAUGGCCUACACCCACCUGGGCGGCUACUUCUUGGUGCAGUGUAGGAGGAACAGGCUGAGGGCUGCCUCGCCGCAGCUCCUUAUCGACAGCGUUACCGACGCUGUCGUCGGCACCAACAGCGACGUGUCGGGCACCCCUCACGUCUCCCCGGACGGACGCUACUUGGUCAGCGCGGAUGAAGACAGUGGCAGGAUCAAAGUCCAGGCUGUCACUGUCCAGGGGGAAAUCAAGUUGAUUUAUGACUUACAAACAAACAUACACGUAUCCGAUCUGACAUUUCAGCCCUCUUUCACUGAAGGCAAUCAGUACUAUAUAUAUGCUACUUCACAUUUGCAAACAGAUGUGCUUUUUGUAGAGCUGUCAACGGGGAAAAUGAAUGUACUGAGGAAUUUAAAGGACCCUGUCACAUCCAAAGACUGGCCCUGGAGCAGCCACAACAGAAUUAUGAAAGACAGUGGAUUAUUUGGACAGUAUCUCAUUACACCAGCUAAAGAUUCAUUGUUUGUUAUAAAUGGGAAGCAAAAUACGUUACGGUGUGAGGUUUCAGGUAUAAGGAGGGGUAACACAGUGGUCUGGGUUGGAGAGGUAUGAAGGAGCAAUAGCAGUAGAGCCUUAGGCAGGCAAGUACCAGUUGGACCUUUACACUGCAACAAAUGAGCAGUAGCAUUGUAUAUUUUUACACUGGUAAAGAAAAAAAAAGAAAAAACAAAACCCCCCUGUAUAGGCUUCAUGGUACAACACUGGUCUACUUGCAAGUUUUAUAAGGUAUGCUCUGCUAAUAGGAAGUGGUUUUGAAGGGUUAUUUUUUAUUUAGGGGUAUGAUUUGUGGUUAUGAGAAAAAUGCUGGGAAGCGAAUAAUAUCUCCACUGAGAUAUCACAUAAGCCACAAAACCUAGUGAAUCUGUAGAACAAAACAGAUUUUGAGUUUCCGUAUUGAGGAGCUUUUGUGUUAUGUUCAGGCCAUCCGUUUUCUUUCCGUACACCUUGCCCGCUCGCUGUGCUGGCUGCCCCACCUGAUGUCUGCAGUUAAAAUUCACCUUUGGAUGACGAGGGAAAACAAGCAUCAGAGAGCAGUUUUCAAACCGCAGAAACCUAGGAGAGCGAUUUAAUGAAAACUGAUCAGUUUUCUCUGCAGGAUGGCUUUGGGAGAAUUCACGGAUGUGAUUUCAGAAGGAGGCAUAACAGAAAUAGUAACUGUCAGCUCGCUUUCUUCUGUGCUUAAUUUUGCUCCUGGUACUACUGAAAGCAAUGUUAUGAGUCCUGCCUCUUCUAAUGCACAUGUGUAUGAUUGCAUGUGAGAAAUUUGGCAUGAAAUAUCCAGGCCAUUAGAGUGGAUAAAAGCCAGAAAGCACCGGGGGGUCAGAGUUUGUAUAAAAAUAUUUAUUGAGAAGGGGGGCAUUAGUCCUUAAGUAGCUUGUGAGUCCGGUCAGCUUGGGCACAGGAUGCAAAAUCUGCUCUUCAGUGGGCAGAGAAUUAGUUAUGGUUGUUCCCACAGGAGGCAGCAACGCUUCUAGAAACUGUUGGCUUCUCUCAUUAAAUAUUUAGGAGUGCUGAAGUCACUGGGUUCUUCAUGAAAUAAUGGCUACAACGGCAUAGGGUAUAUUAAAUAGGAAACUCACUCACUUUCUAGUUGUAGCCUUAAUUUUCAGGCAUUCUGAGAAACAUUUUUCUUUGUAUUUUUUUCUCCCCAUUUCUAGUACACUUCUUUAUAGUCAAUUAUCUUUUAGUUAUGAGCAAAGAGAUUCUUGUAAAACCAGCUGAAUUGCCCUAGAAUGCAACAGCUGGCAUUGAAAAAUUUAAGUUCAGUUCCCAUAAAAGUAUAGAUCCAUUUGCACAUUUGGAAAGAUAUGAAAACUGUUCUAGUUGUUUUUUUUGUAACUUUCUGUGUUCAUCACCAUGAAGUAAUCAGGGCAAGAGCAGCUAUGGCUCGCAAAGUGGUGCAAGCCACAGGAGCACCACGGCCACUGCGAACAGAUGUCUGCAAGCAGUUGGAUCCCAUGUGCUGCUUUGAAAAUGUGGGCUUGAUGUUGGUGAAAGCUCUCUCUGAAGGUAAACAUCUGUUGCAUCAGAGCCACACAUUGGCCUUUUGAAAGACCCAGCUCCUUUUGAGAACGACCUUGUUGCCCAGAGUUUGUACGAAGCAAGUGCUGCACACAUCCAGUGAUCCGUAGGGGCGCAGUAAUUAUUUUCCAACACAGAUGCUUGAAGUCACCCAUUUCACAAUGCACACAGAGGGAUUUUUACAUGAGAAGGAUGCGGACUAGCAGUGGUAAUCUUUGCUUUAAAAUGUUCAACUUCAACCAAAAGAGAAGCAUCUUAGCAUGGCUGUAGACCUGAAGUAUUUUAAACCAUUUCGGUUCUAUAGAGAAUAUAUAAAAAUCUGUUCAGACAGACGAGAACAGGAGAUGAAUCCUAUGAAUUCAUUAAACAUGGAGUCCUUUAACUUGCCCUUCAACACCCAUAGGCUUAAACCUACAUGUAUUUUCACUUAUGAGCCAUAGGGGUUAGAAGAGACUAUCCCAUCAUUGCAACACAGGCAUAUAAAAGAGAUUGGCAUAGCCUUCCUUUAGCAAUGCAUGGUGUCCAUGAUUUUGUACUCAUCUGGUUAGGAAACAUACCCAUGUCAAGAAAAGGAGGAGACCAGCUUUGUAAGUACCUUUAAAUAUGCACAACUCCUUUCUUGAUUGAAGCUGUAUCCAUACAUUGCGGUCAUCCUAAAUGUGUUUUACUAAGGCCAAACACUGCUCUCGUGUUAUCUUUUAUGACUUCUUGAAUAUUUUAUUAUGCCUGUGUUUCCCUGUAGAGACGUUCAUUGUGUCAUAGAUCAAAUAUUACUUUUUUAAGAAUAUUUAAAAAAAAAAAAGAAAAUGUAAAUAUCUGUUCAGGUAAAUAUUCUUGAGGCUGGUUUAUAUAUAGGCUGUGAAAGAUGUGUAACAGACCUCACUUCCUCCUGUUUGUUGCAAACUAUUGGAAUAGCGUUGACUUGAAAACUCCCACUUGGACCUUUCAGAGAUGUUCCCUUUCUUCCCCUUCAGCCCAAGUUCUGGUGAUGUGUUUUCUAAAUUAUCCUAAUGGCUAUAUAUCAUACUUAGAAAAUGAAGUACAACUUAGAUUGUCCACACGACUUGUGAACAGUUCCAAUGACGGUCAAUUCUGACAUUAAAGUGCUGCACAUUUGUUACUCUGA